GAAGUAGCUGCUCCAAGACGCUCAGAGCAAUUCCGGUGAGUCCGGAGGUGGAGUCCCCACUUGGUUGGAGGGAUCCGCGGCGGAGAAUCCGAGCCUACUGAGUGGGAGCGACCCUGGGACGAGGUUUACAUUCCCUGUCCUGCAGAUGACUGUCCAUAACCUAUACUUAUUUGACCGGAAUGGAGUGUGUCUGCACUACAGCGAGUGGCACCGCAAGAAGCAAGCGGGGAUCCCCAAGGAGGAGGAGUACAAGCUGAUGUACGGGAUGCUAUUCUCUAUCCGUUCGUUUGUCAGCAAGAUGUCCCCGCUAGACAUGAAGGACGGCUUCCUGGCCUUCCAAACUAGCCGUUACAAACUCCAUUACUACGAGACUCCCACUGGUAUCAAAGUUGUCAUGAAUACUGACUUAGGCGUUGGACCCAUUCGGGAUGUGCUACACCACAUCUACAGUGCGCUGUACGUGGAGCUGGUGGUGAAGAAUCCCCUAUGCCCACUGGGCCAAACUGUGCAAAGUGAACUCUUCCGCUCCCGGCUUGACUCUUAUGUGCGCUCCCUGCCGUUCUUCUCUGCCCGAGCGGGCUGAAGCAUGCUACUUAACCCCUCAGGAGAGUCUGAACUGCCUGGGGCCCUUCCUAACUUGAGGCCCCCUCUGUAGGCCACUCCGUUCCUCCAUCUACCUUCCUCCCCAGCAAAAACAUAAAGCCCGACCUCCACCCCAUACCCUCCUCUCCAGAAUGAAGUCCACAGGAGUCCCUGUAUGUCCAUUCCGUCCCUCUCUCCUGUUUUAACCCCAAUAUGACGCCACGAGAAGCACAGAAUAAACUUUGUCACCUUA